AAGAAAGUAUGAUCACAAUCAAUUUUUAUUACGCAACUAUUGAAUUGGUCUCUUCAAAGUACAAUAUAAUACAUGGGCUCUCAAAUUCUAAAAAUCUCACCUUUUUCAGUUUCAAGAACUCUGAUUCACAAAUCUUCUCCAACCCCUCUUUUCAUUUCUAACAAAUUAUCAAAAACCCACCUCACAUCUUCUUCAGCUAAGCAAGGGGCAUCUGGGUUUGGCGGGUUUCCGGGUCGGGUCAAAAGGAGCUUUAGAAGUGGGAUUGUAGCCAUGGCUGGACCCGGGUCUGUUCAAAAGUCAGAGGAUGAGUGGCGUGCUGUUCUUUCUCCUGAACAGUUUCGGAUUCUCAGACAGAAAGGCACUGAGUAUCCUGGCACUGGGGAAUAUGACAAGUUCUUUAAUGAUGGAAUCUACACCUGCGCGGGUUGUGGAACUGCUCUCUACAAGUCCACUACCAAAUUUAAUUCUGGAUGCGGUUGGCCUGCUUUCUUUGAGGGUCUUCCUGGAGCUAUAAAUCGCCAUCCGGACCCAGAUGGAAGGAGGAUUGAAAUAACUUGUGCUGCAUGUGGUGGGCAUCUAGGUCAUGUGUUUAAAGGUGAAGGGUUCGGUACGCCAACGGAUGAACGUCAUUGUGUGAAUAGUGUUUCCCUGAAGUUCACUCCAGAAAAAUAAUUGAUCCAUGUAAAGUGUGUACUGUUGUUUCUGUUUUCUCUUUCCUGAAAAUUGAAUAAUUAUGUUUAGAUUACAAUAAGAUCGAACCUGUGGUUCUGUUGGGCAUGCAGCUCUGUACUAAAUUCUAAUGUUGACACAUUGUUAUAUCCAGCUGCUUAUUUCA